AUGGGUGAAGUGCUGCACAGCAUCCAAAGCCAGCACCCACGUCCGAAGUGCAUCGUCCUGGCACCAUUGAAGGGUUUCGUCCGCUGGCUUCGGGAAGUGCACGGGCACGAGCUUCUCUUGACCUUGGGCUUUGAUCGGUCUUUGGCAUCCUUGAUGUCGAAGGCGUUGACGGCUGCAGAGUCAGCGCAGGAGUUGGACUUGAAUCUCUCCUUCGUUGAUUCCGAUGGCGACUUGGUGAACUUCUUCUCCGCCGUAGAGGACGGCUUGUCCCAGCUUAGGAUGAGGAUUGGCUCAGGGACGAGCAGGAGGGUGAUAAGGCUCCGAUCUGCAGGCGAGGACUCGCUGGUGGUACUCCUGGAGGACGGAAGCCCUUUGCAAGUGGUGGCUCCCCGAAGCUCUGUAGAGGAUGGAAGCUUAGCCAGAAUUCAAGAAGCGGCAGAAGGUCUCGGGAUGUUGCCAAUCUCCAUGAAGAAGCCCUUAUGCACCUUGUGUGAAAGUUACUUGGCAGGCAGGAAAGAUGGCCAGUGCCCGGACGAGGAUGCCAGCUUUCACUUUAAGCAGGGUGCCAUGCUUUCUUCGCUACACUGGUGGGGAGAUGAGUCCGUGCAAGCCCUACGGAGUUCGUUUGGACUGUUGGCAGGAUACCUGUAUGAACCCGACAUGCUGAAGCAGAACGCCGAAGCUUAUGCCAAAGGCUUCGAGCUGAUCGCUGAGCUGCUGAGGCUUGUGCAGGCUGCGGAGUUCGGCUUCGUUUCACCGGCGCCCCUGUUCGUGGACCUUGGGAGCGGGGAUGGCCGGGUGGUGAUUGCAGUGUCGCGACGACUCGGCAUCCGUGGUGUCGGUGUGGAGAUGGACGCGCAGCUCGUGAGGCAAAGCGUGGAUCAAGUGCCGGACAGCCUGCGAGGCCUGCGUAAGGUUGAGGGUGUAGGGCUUAGGGUUUGGGGUCGAGGGUUUGUGGGUUCACUGCGACUUCGGGCAAAACCAACGUUAUUUUCGGUUUCUUAG